GUGCUGUCCGGGAGGAGUGGCGACUGGCGGCUUAAGCCUCGCUUGUAGCUUUUUGUGACAAUGGGAGUUGAGGAUUCGGUUCCAGCGGAGGGAGAAAAGAUUUCGAAAAAACGUCUUUAAGGAUGUCUUGUAAGCUGGGGCUGGCCACCUGGUGCUGCCUCAGGCAGGCUCAUAAGGUGACCAGUUUGGCGCGGGCUUUAGGAGGUCCGCUAGGACCCCAACUGGCGCGUCACCAAAGACUCCUGGCCACAUCCAGUGAGCUAAAGCGGCGCCAGAAGCAGCAGAAGAAGGAGCAGGAAAAGGCGGAGAAGGAGCGUCAGAAGCCGGUGGCGGCCGCCGCCGAGGAGGCGUCCGCCAAGUCGGCCGCCGCCGCGGAGGGCGAGCUCACGGCAAAUGAGUACUACCGGAUGCGCGUGGCGGGCGUGACGGCGGCCAAGGAGGCCGGCGAGAACCCGUUCCCGCACAAGUUCCACGUGACGACGUCUCUGCAGGAGUUUAUCGGCACGUACGGCGACAUCGCCGACGGGUCUGCCGUCGAGGACGUGACGGUGUCGGUGGCCGGCCGGCUGCACAGUAUCCGCGAGUCGAGCGCCAAGCUGCGCUUCUAUGACCUGCGCGGCGAGGGCGUCAAAAUACAGAUAAUGGCCAACUUCAAGCUGUACGAGGACCCGGAGCGGUUCGGGGCCGACACUGACCGACUGCGGCGCGGCGACAUCGUCGGCGUGGUGGGCCACCCGGCCAAGACCAAGAAGGGCGAGCUGUCGGUGGUGCCGCACCGGCUGCAGGUCCUCACGCCCUGCCUGCACAUGCUGCCCUCCAUGCACUACGGCCUCAAGGACAAGGAAACAAGGUUUAGGCAGCGGUAUCUAGACCUCAUCAUGAAUGAAGACGUGCGUAACAAAUUUUUCGUCAGAGCUAAGAUUAUCAGCUACGUGCGCAGCUUCCUGGAUCGACUCGGCUUCCUGGAGAUCGAGACGCCCAUGAUGAACAUGAUAGCCGGCGGCGCCACAGCCAAGCCGUUCGAGACCUACCACAACGAACUCAGCAUGAAGCUGUUCAUGCGGAUAGCCCCGGAGCUGUACCACAAGAUGUUGGUGGUGGGCGGCAUUGACCGCGUGUACGAGAUCGGGCGCCAAUUCCGGAACGAGGGCAUUGACCUCACCCAUAACCCGGAGUUCACCACCUGCGAGUUCUACAUGGCCUACGCCGACUACAACGACCUGAUGGAGAUCACAGAGACGAUGGUAUCAGGCAUGGUGCGCUCCAUAUUCGGCACCACCCAGGUGACGUACCACCCGGACGGUCCGGACGGCGAGGCCUGGCAGGUGGACUUCACGCCGCCCUUCCGCCGGCUGCACAUGCUGCCCGAGCUGGAGAAGGCGCUCAAGACGUCUCUGCCGCCCGCCACUGAGCUGACGGGCGAGCCGGCGCGCGCCGCGCUCGACCGGCUCUGCGUACAGCACCAGGUGGACUGCGCGCCGCCACGGACCACCGCCCGCCUGCUGGACAAGCUGGUCGGCGAGUUCCUGGAGGAGACGUGCAUCCAGCCGACGUUCAUCCUGGACCACCCGCAAAUCAUGUCGCCGCUUUCCAAGUACCACCGCUCGCAGCCGGGCAUCACGGAGCGCUUCGAGCUGUUCGUUUGCAAGAAGGAGGUGUGCAACGCCUACACGGAGCUGAAUGACCCGAUCACGCAGAGGCAGAUGUUCGCCAUUCAGGCCAGCGCCAAGGCGGCGGGCGACGACGAGGCGCAGCUGAUCGACGAGAACUUCUGCACGGCGCUGGAGUACGGCCUGCCGCCCACCGGCGGAUGGGGCAUGGGCAUCGACCGGCUCACCAUGUUCCUGACCGACUCCAACAACAUCAAGGAGGUGCUCUUCUUCCCCGCAAUGAAGCCAGAGGACAACCGUCCUGCGGAGCCGGCCGCCGAUGGGCCCACCAGCUGAGGCCCGCCGUCGACGCCGUCAGCACCACUCCCAGUUGUGAUCUAUUUAUGACCCCCCGAUCCCGGGCGGUCUCUCCCCUGUUGCCGUUUCCGAAUAAAUUCACGA